GAUACACACAACACCAUUGACACCAAAAAAGCCCAGACAGCACAAAAAAAGCGAAACUUGAUUAAAAUUCGAUUUCGUUAGUUUCUCAAUUUGGUUUUUCGGAAAUUAUUUUUGUUCAAUAGACGAGGCCUUUGUUUUGAUUGGUGCAAAGUACAAGCGACUAAUUGAUUAUGCUGAAUUCAACCUUUGUAUAGACAACAUCUGGUGAUGCAUGAACGAGACAGGCGACGACGCGUGUGAGUGUCGGAUUGACAUACAAAUCAACACACAGUCAAAGUCGAACAGUGUACAACUGAAAAUUCAUACAUCGUACGAGUGACAGAUUCCGUGACAGGUGUUUUAGAUUGACGAAGGGCUGAAUUUGAUGAAAGGCAAGGAAAAAAGGACACAAAUCAACAUUGCAUCGUCAAUAAUCGAAUAUCGACAAGCACUUCGAAAAAGAGACAGAAACAGAGUGUUAGGGAAACAAAGUGUAUGUGUGUGGAAUCGAAUCGAAUCAUUUGGUUUAGUGCUUUAUUUUCUCCCCACUGAUAAAUUUAUCGACGGGCGCUACCACAUAAAAGAGGAAGAAAAACGGAGCCAAUCAUGCCAAUUGUGAAUAUAAUCAAACGUGCAUCCAAUUAUAUUCUCGGAUCGGAGGAGCUGCAAGACAAAGCCGAUAGCAUUUUCGAGGAUAAUGAGGUGCUUUUUUGUAAAAAUAAUGUGUGCGUCCAUCCGCCUGCGCUCGUUCGUCAAGAGUCCGAUAUUUUACAUUAUCCAGGCUAUUUGACAGUGACAACGAAAACCUUUACCGAUCAGUACAACAAUGCAAAACGGCCGACACUUUUGCUCACCUGGAUACCGAAUGCUACACUGCGAAAAUGCCCAUCGACCGUCGAAAACAACGGACUACCACCGCCAUCGAUGCUGAGCAAUGGCGCCACCAAUAUGACAAUGGAUAGCAUACAUUCGUACACCGAUGAAUUGAAACAGCACAAACUCUAUAAUCAAAUCUCGGACUGGAACAGCAAAAACCAUAGUUCACAAACGUGUCUGGAAACAGUACCAACAACGUUGCCGAUCAUCAGUAGUACAAACCCAUUUUUGGAUCCGUAUUUGUAUGAAAGUGAAAAACUGGGCGCUGAAAAUAUGGACACAAUCAGCGUGAGCUCGAAUUCGGAUCGCGCCAGCAGCAGUGGUGUACAUAGCACGUACGGUGGUGAUACGGACACACAUCAUGAUGAUUGUGUGUUUACCACGGAGGAUUUGAAAAAAUCCAUGCCAAAUGUUGAAGAAACGGAAGAAGAGAAGGAAUUGAAACGUGAACUGGAACCAUUGAUUGAAACUGAUGGCGAUAAUAAGGCCAUUGUCGUCAUCAAUGCGGCCAGACAAAAUGUGAAACAGCUGGUUCAGCCGAAGAAUCAGCUACUCUUGACAUCCGUUAAUAUUACGAUAGCCAAUCCACAAAUUCAGAAUCAAGACUUAUCGCCAGAGGAAAUGCUGCUCGAACCAAAUGUGAAGUUGAUGCGAACGCAAUCGAUUUGCUCGGUGGAGGAGACAACAUCGAAUUGGAUGACACCAGAACUGCUUGCCUACAAACACAAUUUAGCAUUUCCCGACAGUGUGACAUCGUCACCAGUGCUCACCCGAAAUGUGCCAAUGAAGUGUCGACGCUUCUCUGUCGAUUUGAGCCAAAUGCGAUCGCUGCGCCUAUUUUUCAACGAUGAAAAUUGCACAUCGGGCCAAUUGGUGAUCGCAUCACGCGAAUCACAGUACAAAAUUUUACACUUUCACCACGGUGGGCUCGAUCAUUUGGCUCAAGUGUUACAUCAAUGGCACUGUCUAUUGCACAAUAUCAAAUUGGCUCCGGGUGUUUUCGGACACGACGAACACAAUUUACCCUACAGACAGUUUAUGGUUUGCCGUCCUGAAGUUAAAAAAUCGGAAUUGCAUCCCGAUGAAGGAAAAGUCAACAAAAUCACCACGGACUAUUUUUAUGGAACACUCCUCAAUGAAAAGGGACAAAUCGAAGAUGAUCUACUGUUGCGAAAAUGUGUAUUCUUCGGUGGACUCGAGAAAAGCUUACGAAAAACCGUUUGGCCAUUUUUAUUGCAUUGCUAUUCUUUCAAUUCGACCUUCGAAGAUCGCGCUCUUCUUAUGGAUAUUCGGAAACAGGAAUAUGAAGAACUGACUCGUCGUCGCCUAUACUCGAUGUCGCCAGAAGAACAAGCCCAAUUUUGGCGCAGUGUUCAGUGUAUCAUCGAAAAAGACGUUGUACGAACCGAUCGAAGUAAUCCAUAUUUUGCCGGAGAUGACAACCCAAACAUAGAAAGCAUGAAAAACAUCUUAUUAAAUUAUGCAUAUUACAAUUCAGGCACUUCAUACACUCAAGGCAUGAGUGAUUUACUUGCUCCAGUUUUGUGCGAAAUAAAGAAUGAAUCGGAAACAUUUUGGUGUUUUGUCGGACUGAUGCAACGAGCGUUCUUCGUAUGCACCCCCACGGAUAAUGACAUCGACAAAAAUCUCAGUUACUUACGUGAGCUAAUACGAAUAAUGGUACCUAAAUUUCAUACACAUCUCGAGAAAUAUUCGGAUUCAAAAGAGCUUUUGUUCUGUCAUCGCUGGAUAUUGCUCUGUUUCAAACGGGAAUUUACCGAGGCGGUGGCUAUCCGAAUGUGGGAGGCGUGCUGGUCAAAUUAUCUUACAGAUUAUUUUCACUUAUUCUUAUGCUUAGCGAUAAUAGCCGUUUAUGCUGAUGAUGUGGUGGCACAAGAUCUUCGCACCGACGAAAUGCUUCUACAUUUUAGCUCCUUAGCAAUGUACAUGGAUGGCCAAUUGAUCCUGCGAAAGGCGCGAGGCUUACUCUAUCAAUUCCGGCAACUACCGAAAAUCCCAUGUACUUUAUCGAAUCUCUGUCGACGUUGUGGCCCUGGCAUGUGGGAUAGUGGUCAUCAUCCGGCAAUCGAGUGCAUCGGCCACACCGACGACGACCACUGUAUCUUAAGUGAUGAAUAAAAUUCUAGUUAGCAAAAAGUAUUAAAAGUUACCGCUGUUCGAAUGCAAUAACACGUUUACUAAAUUUAAAAAGAAAAAUCAGCAACAAAAACUAUCAUUGCAAAUAUUUUUUUUCAACAGUUUCCAUGCUGAAAACAAAUCUAGUGAACAAUUGAAAAAUUCCCAUUUUGCACCAAGGAUCGUCUUGUUUGCAACCAAAAAAUGAGUACUCUCAACCGAUUGGGACAUUUUCAGAAUAGAAGUGCCACACGCAAAAUGCAAUUGUGAAUCUAUUGAAACCAGCAAAGCCAAUCUAAUUCAUGUUUCAAUGGUUUUCAACGCUUCGAACAGUGACAAAAACAAAAAAACAACAGAAUUCUUCUCUCAGUUUUUUUUUUCUUUUUUCUAAGCUUCAAAACGAAUGAUAAAAGUGCUUAAAAUUUAAAUCUAUUUUUGUAUCGAGCCCAACAAAAACCUCACAGAUCAUAGCAUUCCAAUUGUAAAAAAUGCUUCAAUCCAAUCAAUUUAACAGCUGCACACGUUUGCUCUAAAUGUAUAUUUUUAUUUGUUUGUUCGCGUUUGAAAAAGUCUAUUGUAUAGAGAAUUUAAUCACACAAAAACAUAGCUUCAAUACACCUACGUGCAAGUUCGUAGGCCAAACAAUUCUGGUUUAAAUUGUUCCAAAGACUCCAAUACGAUGGUUGCUUCAUUUCGUUGUUCCGGUGUUACUAGUGAACAAAUCGCUUUAGUUUUUAAAUAUCAUGGUGAACAACACAAUGAGAACAACAACAAGUACAAAAACGACUUAUUAGAGUCAGUGUUUAAAAAUCAGAUGGAAGAAAAAUAGUGAAACUAUACUAGUUUAUGCAAUUUAUACGGAGGAAAAUUUAAAAAAAAUGAAACACCUCACAGAUUACGAACAUAUAGCCAUUUUUAAAUAAUAAAUUUAUAAAAAACGGAACGAUACAGUAUACAAAAUUCCGUAUUGAUUUUGCGUUCGAUUUUUAAACCGAUGGGAUUUUGGACAGAGGUGAUUCGAAAUGGAGACGAUGAUGGAAGGAGUCGAAAAAGGACUUUUAAAGAAAAGAGCAACAAUGUCUUAAAAUGUCGAUGAAUGUAAAGAUCUCAAAUAGCGGAAAGGACAGACAGAGUUAGAAUGCAAAGUUCGAAUGUUGGAGAUAAAAAUUGAAGUCGAAUAGUUUUUGGGAGGAUUUCAGAAGUAAAAAACAAACCAUCAAGAAAAAAAUAUCAAUUUUGGAAAAUAUUACCCAGAUCGUGAGAAAUAUCCAAAGGAAAACCAAAUAUUUUCGAAGCAAUAUUUGAAUUGUGAAAAAAUGCGAUUUUCGCACACCAUUUACAUGAAGGCAAUUUCUUUUAAAAUGAAAACGAAUAUUUUGAAUUAAUUUCCAACAAACACAACAUUCCCUCCGAAAAAAUUAUUUUACUUUUGAAAAGAAAAAAAAACGAAUAACAAAAACUUGAUAUUUGUUUUUGAUUUCUCCCAAAGAAAAAUGGCACUGAAUUUGAAAAACGAAAUUGCGUAAAAAUAUUGAGAAAAUGAUAUAUUAAAAGAUCGAGAAUGUUGAUAUUUCAGUCUUGAAUAGAAAUGAACCAGAAAAUCAUUUCAAAACGGUUUUCUGAUCUCGGUUUUGGAAAUUCGAUGUAAAAUCGAUGGUACGGUUAGAGCGCUACGAGAAAUUGUUGAAAAAAAAAAUUAAUCAAAUCUAUAUGUAAAAUUGUGUAAAGCAGCAUUUGCAAUCAAUUUAUUUUGUAGUCGAUUACGUUUGAUGAUGUUGAUAUAUAAAAAUCACAAGUUAAAAGAGACAACAAAAAAAUCUAGAGAUGUGACAAAUAAAAAGGUUAUGAUGCUUUGCAGAAAAUUUUUCCUGAAUCAGUCAGCGAAUGUGCGACUGAGGCUUUAAAGUGCAACGCUCAGUUCUUGAUGAAAACAAAAAAAAAAUGAUGGUGGCUAUUGGUCAUUGGAAAUAUGCUUUGAGAAUAUAAUAAAACAUAAGCAAAUUAUGAUACAA